UGUGUGUGUGUGUGAGAGAGAGAGCGUUAGUAACGCGACGUCAUCAGUUUAAACCUCACACACACACACACACACACACACACAGUUCCAGUGUUGAUGUAGACUGGACUCUCUGUGCUGCUGCUUCCGGUUUCCUGUGUAAAGGUGGUUCUCCGAGUGUGUGUGUGUGUGUGAGACACCCCGCUGGUCAUGCUGAGUGUGUGUCCUGUGCUGCUGGUUGCAGCAUUUGGUGUUGUGUGUUCCACCAACUCCAACACACACCCGUCACGCCACAGACACGACUCCAACCUGGAGAUCUAUAAGCGUCUGUUUGAGGUGAAGAGGAAGGACCAGCUAAACGCGCUGAAGAAUCUGGUGGAUCUGAACGACGUUAAUCAGCAGUACAAAAUCAUCGACAUCAUGCUGAAGGGGCUCUUCAAGGUACUAGAGGACUCCAGAGUAGUUCUUGUAGCUGCUAACCUGCAGCCAGAUGAUCCAUUUCCUCUGGAUGAUAAAAUUAAAGAAGCAUACUCCCAUGUGGUGGAGAACACAGCGUUUUUCGGAGACGUGGCUCUGCGUUUCCCGCGUAUCGUCCAUCAUUACUACGACCGCAACACCGAGUGGGAGAAGACGCUGCGCUGGGGGCUGAGCUUCUGUAACCAGUCUGGAGUGUUUAACGGAGGGAAUCACCAACAAGUCCUUACUCUGAUGUCUCAGGAGUUGGGAAUCACAGAGAAAUCUUCAGACUUCAUUAACCCAUACCGUACAGAGAAAGAUGACGUGCUUCACACUGCAGAAGCCUUCCAGAAGAUUCUCCGUGAGGAACAGAAGCGCAGGAGAAAGGAGGAGAAGAGGAAAGAGAUGAGGAAAGGGCCGCGAAUUUCCCGCUCUCGCUCUGAGCUCUAACGCCCCCUGCUGGAUGAACUCUGAGACACGGAGACACAGAUAGACGUGUGUGUGUGUGUGUGUGUCUGAGUCAGAGCUACAUCAGGUGUAGGUGAGGUAGAGGAUCAGGUCACUGACCGAGCGCUGAGAGAACAUGAAGGUCAGGGUACACAGGAACAUUCAGCUCUGAUAGUUUAUCAGAUUCACACCGGUUUAACUUUAAUACUCAAACAAUAUAAAUAAAUAUAUUAAAAUAAUAAUAAUAAUAAUGAGGUUUAUUAAAUGGUAUAAACUUUUUGUUUAAUAGAACACGGCUGUCUUUAUAAUGUUUAGGGUUAUAUAUAUAGUGUGUGUGUGUGUUUGUGUAGGAUGUGUAAUAUGUGUCCUGUGUUCCAGUUCUGUGUCGAACACACACACACACACACACACCUCUACAUCACUGAUCAUUCCCUACAUGAUGGUACACACCCUCCUCAUCCUCACUGUAAUAGAAGGCGGUGAUGUGAGAGCAGCACUGGAACACAGCGGUACACACUCAGGGUCUGCUUUUAUACACUCAUGGGAUGUGCUGCAGGAAGACCUACAGGAUAGACACUGCUAGUUUAUUAAAAUAUUCAACCCUGUGUUUGUUUGUGUGUGUGUGUGUGUGUGUGUGUGUGUGUGUCAGGAAUCAGAACACGGGUACGCGAAAUCACUUCUGCUUACCGAAUAGGACAGGAUUUAUCUAGAGCUCACAGGUGGUUUCAGUCGUCCAUAAUAAUUGACAUUGUGUGUGUGUGUGUGUGUGUGUGUGAGAGAGAAAUAUCUUGAAAUAUUAAUUAUCUACCAUUAGAGCCUGAGAAUAUAAAAUGUGGCUUUAGGAUGAAUGUUGUACAACAAGUUUAAAAUGACGUAUUAAAUAUUUACUACAUUUGUAA